AUCACCCCCUGAUGAGGAUUAUUUAAGCAGUCUGUCUGAAUCAGAGGGGUGUUUCCCUGCCCAGACGCACAAUAUUCUGCAAUAACAAUUACUGCGUCUCCGCUCUCCACAGACUCCUGUCAUCCCUGUCAACUCUAGACAGCAUGGUGUACCACCCAGAGUUUGAGCGAGCAGGCAAGGAACCUGGGCUCCAAGUUUGGAGAAUUGAGAAGUUUGAUUUGGUGGCAGUUCCUGAGAACCUCUAUGGAGGGUUCUACACUGGUGAUGCUUACUUGGUCCUCAAUACCAUCAAGCAACGCUCUGGCAGCCUACAGUAUGACCUCCACUUCUGGCUAGGUGACUAUUGCACUCAAGAUGAAAGUGGGGCCGCUGCCAUAUUCACAGUGCAGAUGGAUGACUAUUUGGGUGGAAAGCCCAUCCAGUACCGUGAAGUUCAAGGUCAUGAGUCCAAAGCAUUUCUGGGAUAUUUUAAGAAAGGGCUGCAGUACAUGAAAGGCGGAGUUGCAUCUGGAUUCAAUCAUGUCGUCACCAAUGAAGUUAUAGUGCAACGCGUGCUACAGGUCAAGGGUCGGCGUGUUGUCAGAGCUACAGAAGUGCCAGUCAGUUGGGAGAGCUUUAACCAGGGAGACUGCUUCAUCCUGGACUUGGGCAAUGAGAUCUACCAGUGGUGUGGUUCAAAGAGUAACCGCUUUGAAAAGCUAAAAGCUACUCAACUUGCAAAGGGCAUUCGUGACAAUGAACGCAGUGGACGCGCUCGAGUAUAUGUGUGUGAUGAAGGGGUGGAACGCGAGAAGAUGUUGGAGGUUCUUGGAGAAAAACCAGACCUGCCUGAAGGAGCAUCUGAUGAUAUCAAGGCUGAUGCCUCCAACAGGAAAAUGGCCAAACUCUAUAAGGUGUCUGAUGCCAGUGGAGACAUGGCAAUUGCUCUGGUGGCCGCUGAGAACCCUUUCUCUCAGAGUGCACUGGAAUCAAGCGACUGUUUCAUCUUGGAUCAUGGCUCAGAUGGCAAAAUCUUUGUUUGGAAAGGAAAAGAUGCCAAUGUGGAAGAGAGAAAGGCUGCCAUGAAGGCAGCAGAUGAAUUCAUUAAGAAAAUGGGUUACCCAAAGCACACACAGGUUCAGAUUCUCCCAGAGAUGGGCGAGACGCCACUAUUCAAGCAAUUUUUCAAAAACUGGCGUGAUGUGGACCAGACAGAGGGUCUGGGUGUGGCUUACGUCUCAAACAGCAUUGCUAAGAUUGAGAAUGUGCCAUUCGAUGCUUCAACUCUCCAUGAUUCACCAGCCAUGGCCGCUCAACAUGGAAUGAUCGACGAUGGCAACGGAGAGAAACAGAUCUGGCGUAUUGAAGGAUCAGACAAGGCUCCCAUUGAUCCAUCUACUUAUGGCCAGUUCUAUGGAGGAGACAGUUAUAUUAUCUUGUAUAAUUACCACCAUGGAGGCAGACAGGGUCACAUCAUUUACAUUUGGCAGGGUAAGGACUCUUCACAAGAUGAGAUUGGGGCAUCUGCCAUCUUGGCAGCCCAGCUGGACGAUGAGCUUGGAGGUGGACCUGUGCAGAUGGCUGGUGCUCGCCUUACCACCCAGGUGCGGGUGGUUCAGGGCAAGGAACCCGCUCACCUCAUGAGUCUGUUCGGAGGGCAACCCAUGGUGGUGCACCAGGGUGGCACCUCCAGGGAAGGCGGUCAGACGGCGCCAGCCGAGACCCGGCUGUUCCAAGUGCGCUCAAACUCUGCAGGGUGCACUCGAGCGGUGGAGGUUGAUGCCGCGUCCUCCAAUCUGAAUUCCAACGAUGCCUUCGUCCUGGUGACCCCAGCUGCGUCGUUCAUAUGGGUGGGACGAGGAGCCAGUGAUGCAGAAAAACAUGGGGCACAGCAGCUGUGUAAUAUCCUUGGAGUGUCCGCUUCAGAGCUGAGUGAAGGAGGAGAAGAUGGCAGUUUCUGGGACGCCCUGGGAGGAAAGGCAGAUUACCGCACAUCCUCCAGGCUAAAGGACAAGAUGAAUGCCCACCCCCCUCGAUUGUUCGCCUGCUCAAACAAAACCGGGCGUUUCAUUAUUGAAGAAGUUCCUGGAGAGAUGACUCAAGAGGACCUGGCUACAGAUGAUGUCAUGAUCCUGGACACCUGGGAUCAGGUGUUUGUUUGGAUUGGUAAUGAAGCUCAUGACGAGGAGAAGACUGAGGCGAUGACUUCAGCUGCCCGAUACAUCGAGUCAGAUCCAGCCAACCGUGACGCACGCACACCUAUCGUGAAGAUUAAACAGGGCUUUGAGCCGCCCACUUUCACAGGCUGGUUCUUGGGCUGGGACCAUGACUACUGGAGCACUGACCCUCUGGAGCGGGCCAUGGCGGAGCUGGAGAUCUGAACUUUGAGCUGUCACCCCUGACCUUUAAACCCCACUGCCUUACUGCAAGUUGAUCAAAGCCCUUAGAUACAUGCAAGAUGCCAAUUUGAUGCUUAUCAGGGUCUAACCAUGGAUUCAGAAACCCAAAGCCGGUCCUGAGUCAGUAUCAAAAGGCAAUUUUUGAAAAGAGCACUUUACCGCCCUGAGCUUCAGUCACCAAACAUAAGGCAACUCUAUAAAUUCUUCACCUUGUUACUUCUGUAUUUAAGUGUUUUCGUCAACAAUGUUGGAAGUGUUUAGAACUUUUAGAUUGUUGUUUGGUCUGCGCACCUUAUGUUGCUGAAGUGCAUGAGGUUGUAUCAGAAAAUAUACAGGCAUAUCGUCAAAAUCUUUUUGCCUUCCUUUUCUAGAAACCUUUUUUUAUGUGACCAGUAUUAAUUUUACUAGCAAUACUAGUUGUGUUUUGAUUUUAUAUUUUUAAGGUGAAAAGAGUUUGAUGCCACCAAAAUACUGACCUUAUGGUAGCCUAGAUAUGUGGCAUUUCAACCUUGUCGCUCUUCCAUCUGACACUCAGGAGCUCACUGCUUGGCUGUGUUCGGAAUAGAAUAUUAGAAUACUACUCAUACUGUUCUAAGUGUAUUAUAGUUUGUACAGUAUGCGCAUUCAUAUGCAUGAAAUUCCAUUUUAACUUUAAUUUGCCAAAAUGUACAGUAUACAACAAUGCAUGCUGUGUUAAACAUUGUAAAUGUAACAAUUUAAAAUAAAGCUAGAAAAAAUAUUGGAAAAAAAAUAUUGGACAAAGAUUUUAAAUUAAAUAGGAAAAAAAUGUAAACGUUGCUUUGGAAACUAACUGAAAAGAAAGUUACAAUUAGCCUACUCACUAGAAAUCACUCAAAAUAAAAAUAUAUAUUGACAUCAAAGAACAAAAUUACUCAAAUUACACUAAAAUGAAAACCUAAAAGAUAAUUCAAAUAUUAAUGCAAACUAGAGUAGUAUAUAAAUAAUACUAGAUUAAUAUCACUUCUGUCUUUUAUGUUUGUAUUUUUAAAUAACUGACUGCCAAAAGUUAACGCACAACUGGCUUAAAAAUGCGAAGCGUAAUACUUUUCAAAUGUAACAUAACAUACUAUUGUUUCAAACGCUUACUGUAAAAUAAUAGCUUUUCCACUUGCUAUUUUUGAUUAGGCAGUAUGCACUAAAUAUUGGGCAGUAUUCAGUAAGUAGUACGCUAGUACCCGUUCCAAACACAGCCAUUAUCCGUGUGAGCAAGGACAUCCCUCUACAGGCAGAGGGCGCUGCAAAACAUUUUCAAGGAAACUUAAACUGCCUUUUACUCAUUUCAAAAACAGAACAAAAAAGCCAUUUCUUGAAGUGCUUUUUAAUUAAAUAACCAGAAUGCUGGAGUUUAAAGGAGCAUGCUUAUUGCCACAGACUACUAUGAGAAUGGUUAGAAGUCUACUGUUCAUUUGAGGCUGAUUUAGGUAAUUGUUAACAUAUCGGUCGGGUUAACUGCCUGAAGAUCAGAUAAAAGGGUAUACCUCAUAGUGCAGACAUUGGCUGCCUUUAAUAUUUGCUGAAGACCCAUAUUCCAGACAAUGCUUCUGCUUUCGCAAAUCCUUCUCUCCCCGAAAUAAAAAAAAAUAACGAUUUCCCACUUUUCCUACUUAUACAAUAAAGAACCACAACCCCAAAA